AUGUGGCUCCAGCUGGAUCUUCGUGAGGAUGGUGACGUGUCACCGGCUGCACCGAGUUCAACAAAUGUUGGAGCUGCAGGUCGUUCACCAAGCAGAGCUGUCGCACCUAGAACAAGUGGUGCUGGUACGGUGAGACAACGUAAGACAGCACCAGCAACGUCAGCUAGAAACCGCAACACUGGUACUAGCUCCGGUGGAAUGUGGAGAUUUUACACUGAUGAUUCACCUGGCAUCAAAGUUGGACCAGUUCCAGUUCUUGUGAUGUCUCUUUUGUUCAUCGCGUCGGUGUUUAUGUUACACAUCUGGGGUAAAUACACGAGAUCGUAG